AAUAUCAUGUAGAGGUCAAUGUGUUACUGAUACCAAUGUCCCCAAUAUCAUGUAGAGGUCAAUGUGUUACUGAUACCAAUGUCCCCAAUAUCAUGUAGAGGUCAAUGAUGGGAAACUGUACACCUUUGUUUAUUAAUGAUGUCAUAGCCCAACCAAAUAAACAAUUUAUUUUCACUUUGUCUUGUGUUUUAUUAUCUCUGAUACUUAUCUCCUUUUGUAAAUUGUAUGUCUCUCUGUCUGUCUGUCUGUCUGUCUGUCUGUCUGUCUGUCUGUCUGUCCCAGGUGAUGCCCUAGACAUAGCGGACCUGACCUUGGUGAACCCUGACCCCAUGGUGACAUCAUCAGACUCCUCCCUCCAUUGUGUCAGUAGUGACUGGACCUCCCGGCAGGACAUUGUUACAUCCAGCUCCAGCAGUACCCUGGGUAUGGGCCGUGACUUCCCCCUGACCCACCCCCAGAGCCUGCCUGUCAGCCCUGAUACAGCCUACCACCAUGCCUCCAAGAUCGAAUGGAAAACUCGCAGUGAUAUCUUUGGAGAAUUCUACUGCAGGGCCAGAAAGAGUGACAAAAAUCAGAUAUAUACUUACAAGAUGCUGAAUGAAGCUGCAUUCCUGCCAGAGUCCCUGACAAUCACAGUCAGCAUAGGAGAAGAUGUCAACAUCUCUUUCACACGCAGGAAAGUGUUUGCAGAGGACGCAGUCAUCUAUAAGAAUGGCUCCUUCAUCCACUCAGUGCCUAAGAAUGAGAUCCCAGACAUCCUGGUUUACCCCGUCCUCGGAGUGAAGUCCUCAGACGCAGGUCUCUACACAGCCAGGUCCAUCGCUGGAGCCAAGCCCACAUCAGCCAUCACCAGGCUCAUCGUCAGAAAAUGUAAGCCUGGCCUGUGGGGUCCGAGCUGUGAACAUAGCUGUCCUCGCUGCUCCAACGGAGGGGUCUGUCAUGACGAGACAGGAGAGUGUAUCUGUCCACCCGGUUUCAAGGGACACACCUGUGAAACUGUGUGUGGCGAGGGUAAGUUUGGGAGGACGUGUAAAGAGUGGUGUAGAGAUGGUUACUGCAGAUCCAUGGUGUUCUGUCAGAGAGACCCAUACGGCUGCUCCUGUGCUACUGGCUGGAGAGGAUUUAACUGUAGUGAAGCUUGUCCCCCGGGGUUCUAUGGAGCUGACUGCCGGCUGACGUGUGAAUGCGGAGACAAGGGACACUGCGACCGGUUCCGUGGCUGUGUGUGUGUGGGACGACACGGUGCUCGCUGUCAGAAAGAAGACAGGCCACCUGUCGUAGUCAGUAACCUCAUGGAUACAGAGGUGAAUGCUGGGGUUCAGUACAUUGUCAACUGUAGCGCCACGGGUCAACCAGCUCCUCUACACAGUGAGAUCAUCCUACUCAAACCAGGCAAAACCAGAAUAUAUGCAUUUGACACUGACAUGGUGAAUGACCUGACCACGUCUAAGUUCAGGGUGGAUAAGAUCACUGAGAGAGAUACUGGUUAUUGGAUCUGUCAGGUGAAAACUACAGCUGGGCAGGCAGAGAGAGAGUUCAUGGUCAACGUCAAAGUCCCUCCGAUGCCCCAGUAUCCUCCCACGUUGAACAGUAGUGGUCCGUAUCACCUGGUUGUGCUGGUCAACAAGGAGCCGUACACAGGAGACGGACCGGUGACCUCUGUCAAGGUCAUCUACAAGCAGGUCAAUACCUCUGUAUGGAAGACCGUUGAAGUGGUUGGUCCAGUAGUGAAGCUAGAGAACCUGUCUCCAAUGACCCACUACACCACCUUCAUCCAGCUGAGUCGCCAUGGCGCGGGAGGGGCGGGGUUUCCCGGUCCAGAGGCCAGCUUCUCCACACAGAUGCUUGACCUCCCGCUCCCCUCGGGGGUGAGGCUGGUCCCUGAAUCCCAGACCUCCCUGGGUCUGUCCUGGGACCGUGUGAUGGGGCCUGGGUCGGCAACGGAAGACUGGACCUACCAGGUGGAGUGUGUUCAGAGCUCGGACCCUGGGACCAUUAAGACCUACCAGCUCCCAUCCAACUCCACUGGCCUCAAGUUGCCAGACUUGAAGCCCAGACACAAGUAUGAGUGCAGGGUGAGGAUAAUGACGGUGUCAGUGGGACAACACAGCCAGCCUGUCUCUGCAUGGACACUCAGCAACGAGUUGCCCCCGGCUCCGUCCGCCAUCAGGAGCUGCAACGUAACAGACACCUCAGCCAUCAUUACCUGGUCUCUGGCCGAGGGUUACUCCAUCUCCAAGGUGAUGCUGCGUUUCCAAGACAACACCCUGGCCGACUACAGCCAGCUGGCAGAGAUCAACAUUCCUCUGCAGGAGGAGGGGCUACCGGGUCAGGUAGCCAAUCAGAUGCAGUUCCAGCUGCGUGGUCUGAAACCUGACACUCCGUACCUGGUGGAGAUUUGGUCCAAGAACAACAUGGGAGAGAGUCUAGAGAAACCUCAGAUCCCCCUCCAGACCAUGACGCUACAGGAGAGCUCUCGUCUGGCUGGGCUGGGCAGCGAGGGUAACAUGUUGUUCUAUGCCAUCCUGGGUUCAGCUGGCAUGACAUGCAUCACGAUCCUACUGGCCUUCUGUAUCGUCCUGCAGCUGAAGAGAGCCACCUUCCAACGCAGCAUGGUCCAGGCCUUCCAGAAUAUAGUGAGAGAGGAGCCAGUGGUCCAGUUCAGUUCUGGCUCUCUCAACCUGCCCAAUAAGAAACAUAAGAACCCAGAGAAGUCCGUGGCCUAUCCCACCCUGGAGUGGAGUGACAUCAAGUUCCAGGACGUCAUCGGAGAGGGGAACUUUGGCCAGGUGCUCAAAGCUCGCAUCAAGAAGGACGGGCUGAGGAUGGACGCUGCUAUUAAACGCAUGAAAGAGUAUGCCUCUAAAGACGACCACAGGGACUUUGCAGGGGAGCUGGAAGUGCUGUGUAAACUGGGCCACCACCCCAACAUCAUCAAUCUACUGGGAGCCUGUGAACACAGAGGUUACCUGUACCUGGCCAUAGAGUUCGCCCCUCACGGUAACCUGUUGGACUUCCUGAGGAAGAGCAGAGUGUUGGAGACUGACCCGGCCUUCGCUAUCGCCAACAGCACCGCCUCCACCCUCACCUCACAACAGCUGCUCCACUUUGCUGCCGACGUGGCCCGAGGCAUGGACUACCUGGCUCAGAAACAGUUCAUCCACAGAGACCUGGCAGCCAGGAACAUCCUGGUGGGAGACAACUUUGUGGCCAAGAUAGCCGACUUUGGUCUGUCCAGAGGUCAGGAGGUCUAUGUGAAGAAGACGAUGGGACGGUUACCUGUCAGGUGGAUGGCCAUAGAAUCACUGAACUACAGUGUCUACACCACCAACAGUGAUGUAUGGUCUUACGGUGUACUUCUCUGGGAGAUCGUCAGUUUAGGAGGUACUCCGUACUGUGGGAUGACGUGUGCAGAGCUGUAUGAGAAACUGCCUCAGAGCUACCGGCUGGAGAAACCCCUCAACUGUGACGAUGAGGUGUAUGACCUGAUGGGUCAGUGCUGGAGAGAAAAGCCUUACGAGAGACCCUCGUUUCAACAGAUACUGGUCUCCCUCAACAGGAUGCUGGAGGAGAGGAAGACAUAUGUCAACACCACCCUGUAUGAGAAGUUCACCUAUGCCGGUAUCGACUGCUCCGCAGAAGAAGCCGGAUGACCUUGUGCUGAAACCUAAAAACUACAGUGCAAGUAUGCCACUACCACUGCGCUGUACGGAGAAUUAUAAAGUUACAUGGUUUAAGAAAUCCUCUUACAAGGGGUUCACAGACUAGUAUUUUGCACAUAUUGUGUAUUCCAAGUUAUGUGCUAACUUUUGUCCAAUCAUAAACUGACUUUCAAAACGGUAAUCCUUGAUGUUAAAUUGUUGUUGUUGUUGUUGAUGAUGAUUCUUCUGUUUUGAUGAACCGUCCACCCUAUUCCCCCAUACUGUAUAGUGCACUACCUAGGGGCCCUGGUCAAAAGUAGUGCACUGGAAAGGGAAUAGUGCCAUUUGGGACACAGGCUAUGCUAGUCGCUGGCUUACCGAUAACAACAGUGUAACGGUUGACCUUACAGAUGGAGGAUCUUAAUUUGAGCCAGUUUUCUACAGCUGGAAAAUAAUCCCGCAGCAACAGGAAAAGGGAAUUAUUACGUGGGUUAUAAUACAUUUUUCAUUAGGUGCAAAUCAAGUCUGACAUUUUAAAGUGGAAAUUACAAAAUGUUAGAAUCCUUUUUAAACCUUGAAUAAUACACUACAAGUUUGCAUUUUCAGCCGUGUAGGAAAAUUCCCAACAACAAAAAAAGUGAUCAAAUGAAGAACCUACAUCUGUAUAGUGUAACAUACAUGGUAGCCUGCUGUAAUAUCAGAUGUAAAUGUCUUUAAGAAACCAUUACUUAGGGGGGAAAAAAUGGUAUCCUUAAAAUUAAUAAAACGUUUUGUGAUUAAAUUCUUA